UGUUUUAACUUCCAGGUUGCUUUGGGAUUUGAAACUAUGCUGCCCGAUUUGUUUGAGUAUAAAUGCGGAGGUGCGCUGAUUGCGCCGAAUUUCGUCUUGACAGCCGCGCAUUGUGCGAAGGUUGGAGGUGCCACACCUUCUGUGGUUUUACCAGGUGGAGGUAGUCUGAGCGAUUAUUCGUUAAAAAAGCAUAAAAUUGCCGACGUUAUAAUACAUCCUGAAUACAAUUCUAAGAAAGCUUACAAUGACAUUGCUUUGCUUAAGUUAACGGAGCCAAUUAUCAAUUUCAAACCAGCAUGCAUUGGAGAAAAUGUGUUACUGGACAAUGAGAAUGUUACCGCUGUUGGAUACGGUCACACGGAUUUCGGUGGCAGAUCGUCCGACGAACUUUUGAAAGCCUACCUGAUUGUCGUAGGCAAUGAAGUGUGCCAAACACAUUACAGAGAUACUAAUUUAUUACCACUCGGUUUAAUGGAUAUACAGCUAUGUGCACAAGAUAGGCAAUUUGGACGUGACACCUGUCAAGGUGAUUCCGGUGCUCCAUUGAUAUUAAAUAUCAGGCAUGUGCCUUAUGUGAUUGGUGUGACAUCGUUUGGACUCGGCUGUGCAACUGAAGCCCCAGGCGUUUAUACAAGAGCAUCAAAGUAUCUCGAUUGGAUUGAAGCGCGUGUGUGGCCAAAAUGAAAACUGAAGCUGCACCUAAAUGAGAUUUACAUAUUUCACCUCACAAAUAUUAU